CUCCCCCUGUCCUUGACACUCGGCCUUGGCACCGAGGGCCGCGCGCCGCACUCAACUUCUCAGCGACUAGCUCCUAGCUCCUGGCUUCUGGCUCCUGGCUCCUGCCUCCCUUUCACAUCACACUCCUGCCUUCUGUCUCCACGCGCGUCCAACCGCCGCGCUUCCUUCCGUGGCCCCGUUCCCUCCACAUCGCCCCUCCUCCUCGGACGUUCGACUUACCCGCGCGGCGGGCCUGCAAUGUCGCCGCCUUCGCUCGGCGAGCCCUCGUCGCUCAUCUCCUAUCUCCCCUGUCCGCUUCUGCCUUGCUCCCCCUCCUCCUCCUCCUCCUCCUCCUCCGUGGUCUCCUCGCCCAUCACGCUCCUCGUGCCGCCAGCGACGCUGCCGCUUCUCUUUGCGCAUCGCCAGUGGCGCGCCGGGCUGCUUCUCUCCGACUUCCUCCUGCACUCCGCCUCUUCCUCGAUCGUCGGCGACAAGCGCGUGCUAGAGCUCGGCGCCGGCACGGGCCUGCCGUCCAUCUGUGCCGCGCGCGCCGGCGCCGCGAGCGUCGUGUGCACCGACUAUGCCGAGUGCGGCCUGGUGGCGCGGCUGCGGGAGAAUGUGGCUCGCAACGCCGCCGCCACCGCCAUAGGCACGAGAGUGAGCGUGGCGGGCCAUACGUGGGGCAAGGGCAUCGACGAUCUGCUCGAUCUGCUGCCCGCAUCGCAGGGCAGAGCCGAGGGCGCAGAUGUAGUUCUACUCGCCGACUGUCUCUGGGAUCCCCUCUCGCACGACGCCCUCCUCAAGACUCUCCUCGCCACGCUCUGCCGCUCGCGCGCCGCGCGCAUCUACGUAGUGUCGGGCCUGCACACGGGCAGGCAAGUGCUGCGCGCCUUUCAACGCAAGGCGUGGCGCGCCGGCCUCGAGCUCAAGCACAUGGAUGAGGGGCCUUGGCCGCCGCUGCCGCCGCAGAAGGAAGAAGAACAAGCAGCGCAGGUUGAGGCAGAGGAGGCAGAGGUGCAAAGAAGGCGCGAGUGCAUGCUGGAGCUGCGUCUGGCGCCCGACGACGACGACGACGACGACGACGACGACGACGACGACGGCGUCGGCGUCGGCGUCGUCGUCAACAGCGCCGCCUCUGCCGCAUUGCUUCCGCCUCCGCCUCCGACGCACGCUCCGAGCGCAGGCGCGGCUGCGACUGCCGCAGCAGCAGCGCACGCGCGUGCGAUCCGCGCACAUUCGCCGCGCCUCGCGGGCGCGCGCAGGCCGUGGCAGGAUGCCGAACGGGCAGAGGAGCGCAAGGAGGUGGGCGGCGUCAGGCAGAGGAACGCCUGGAUUACGGUGUGGUGUUUGGGAUGGAAGGCGGACGAGGUGGAAUGAUAGCGGUGAGCCU